CCCCUUCCCAAGAACGAACUACAACAGAUAAUACAUGAUGCGCUUUAAAUUAAAAUUCUAUAGAAGUUUUGUUAGCAAAGAGCAGUUUAUGCUAUGCUAAACAUGAGACUACCGUUUCCAAUUUGAUGUGCUUUUAAUAAAAAUAUAAGCAAAGCAAAGGAUGUGAUAAAACAGCAACACUAUGAAUAUUGAUAUUAAUAAGAAAGGAACAGAUGUUGAUACCGAUAAUAAAGUUGAAGCAAAACUUGCACCACAUGAUGAAGCUGUAAAGACAACAUCAGAAAUUGAUCAUGGCUUAGAGCAUGAUGCAACAGAUUCAACACUCACAUUUAAGACAGAAAAUGGUGAAAUGGAAGUAUUAUUUGAGUACCCUGGUGGUGAAGUAGUAGUCGAUAAAGAUGCAAGUCAACAUCAAGUCUCUGCAGAGAAAGAUUCUCUACUGGCUUCUAACUCAACACCAAUUCCUGAAGUCACAAAAUGUCAACUGAUUCAAUCUGUGCCAAAACCAAUGCAAACAGUUGCCAGUUCAGGUACAAAAGUCAAACCAGUUCCUUCUGCAAACUUUCAGAAUGCAUUUUCAAAAUCUUCAGUCAAUUUUAAUGAGAGGGCUCAGGAAACAGUUCUUGUUCCUUUAGUCCAGAAUAUGAACUCAAGGAUAGAAUGUGACCCUUUAACCAAACCACAUAGCAUUAAAGGAAACAUCUCACAUUUUCCUGAUUAUAAGAAACAAAUCUCCACACCAGGAUUUACUAUGGCACCAUUGUCAACUAAAGGAACAACUCUUGUUCCCUCUACCAAAUCUCAGAACAAUGUACCUAUAGCUAGUAAGCCUACUUUCAUUGCAACAACAAAACUGCAGAUGCCAGCUACUACAAAAGCUACAAAUUCAACAGUAAGCCUUACACUUGGUCCAUCCACAACACAACAGAAUGCAGCAUCAGGGUCUCAACAUUUAAAUUUGUCAACAAUCUUACAAAAUUUUCUUUCACCCUCCGCUGCAUCUCAGAAUGUAAAUAAAAAAUUAGUACAUAGCAAUAUAACACUGAACCCUUCUUCAAAAUUGGUACCAUUUACUGGUACUCUGAACAGUACAAAUCCUACAUAUAUAUUAGUCCUACGUAGCACUCCUCAUAGUACUACAGAAAGUAGCAAUGUGAUUAAAAAUCAGGAUACUGUUUGUAAGUUGCCGCUGGAGCCUCAGAGUGCAGGCCAUGUGACUGAUCGACAAAAUAGAUGUUUAAAGGAAUCAUUCGUAACGUUGGAAUCAUCUAGAAAAAAAGAUGAUCAUUUAACAGCUGAUGAAUAUGUAAAUGUCAAUAAACCAAUAAAAAUAGAAAAUGUAUCUGAAACAGAAUGUGGACAGUUUGAAAACAUCAUCGCCUCUGCAAAGACCUCAAAUAAAAUGAAAAUUGAAAAUACAUCUGAAACUGAAGUUUGUAAGCACAGUAGUUUCUGUGCUGGGACAGUAUUUACUGAGUGUCAGAAUACUAUAAAAAUUGAGGAUUCCAUGGAUAUUGAAAGUGACCAAUCAAACAAUAAAGCUAUGGUUGAAUCUGAAGUUUUUCUGCCUGUAGAUAAAAAUGAAAAUAUGUUUGACACUGAAAAAAAAGUUGAACAUUGUUUACCAUUACAAAACAUUACAAUGAGUAGUAAAAAGAAUACAUUGCCAGCAAGCAUAACAAUACAAGGUCAAUUAUCAGUACAAACACAGCCUCAAAGUCAGCUAUCAAUGCAAAUUCGACCUGAAGGUCAGCUAUCAGUACAAACACAGCCUCAAAGUCACCUUUCAGUGCAAAUUCAACCUGAAGGUGAACUAUCAGUGCAAACACAUCUUGAAGGUCAGCCAUCAGUGCCAACACAGCCUCAGGGUCAGCUAUUGGUGCAAAAACUUCCUCAACCUCAAGUAUCUGUGAAAACAAAGAUUCGAGCUAAACUAUUGGAGCAACCACAGCUUCGAGCUAAAUUAUUGAGACAAAAACCACCAUUUCAGCUAUUGGUGCAAACAAAGCCUCAAGAUCAUCCAUUUGUAUUGAACAAACAACAAAAGUCACAAGCAAAGAUUCCAAAGAAAAAAAGAAAGAAGAAAAAAUGGACAAAAGUGAUAAAGACAGCGAAACAAGAAUGUAGAACAGAGGAAGUUGGCAGAUUCUCUUCAAAGGCAAAGAGUAGAGAUCAAAUGGAAGUCACCUUGGACAGACCAUGGGAUUUAGGAACGGAAAAUAUUGAUUUAGAUCAAGAAGAUGUUGCUGAUUUAUCAAAUUCAGAUACAGAAAUGGACACAGCACAGAUAUUACAUAAUCCUGGAGAAAAGAAGGAUAAAGCUGACUCAAUUAAAAAUGAACCAAAAAGAUUAGACAAAGUCAAUAGUGAAUUUUCUGUAUCAACACGUAAUAGGGAAAUAUAUAUUUCGCUAAGGAAAGAAAGGGAAACUGGUGUUAAUCAAACAAUCAUUUCCACUCCAGUGAAAAAGAUCGCAAAAAAAGAAUGUAGAACAGAGGAAGUUGGCAGAUUCUCAUCUGAAGUAAAUGUAUCUGAGCAUGCUUACUGCACAGUUGGUAGGGGUCAAAUGAAAGCCACCUUGGACAGACCAUGGGAUUUAGGAACAGAAAAUGUUGAUUUAGAUCAAGAAAAUGUUGCUGAUUUAUCUAAUUCAGAAAUGGAAAUGGACACAGCACAGAUAUUACAUAAUCCUGGAGACAAGAAGGAUCUGGAGAUUGUUGAUGAAAAGAGUAUCAGAAAAAGAAAAUGUUUGGAAAAUGUGGAAAAACCACAAACAGAGGCAGAAUCCUCAUCUUUUAUAAUCAACAAGACGGAAGCAAUUAAUAUUAAUAAAAGUGAUAUAGUUAAACCGGGUACUAAUGAUAAAGAAGAUAUUACAGCAAAGCCUCCUGACAAAAAAAAGAAAAAGAGGAAUAUAAUGACAGCAGGUUUAUUUAUUUUUCUAUGUCUCAUCUGUAUAAACAAAUAUGUGGGAUAUGCUUCAGUGACUUUAGAAUUAGGGCAUUUUGGUUUAUAUGAAGAAGUAGUUGGAGAAAAGAACUACAAGGGAAAAUUGGAUGAUCUGGAUGCAAAAAUUAGAGGGAACAUUACACUACCAUCAGAGUCAAAUGACAUACCAUCGGCUCCUUAUCCAGAUCUUGAGAGUUUUUUGAUGGAAAAUGGAUUAGUUUACGUUAAAAGUACCGAUACUUGUGGAAUUGAGACUCAAAGUAACAGUGGAAUUGAGACUCAAAGUAACAGUGGAAUUAUGACUCAAAGUAACAGUGGAAUUGAGACCCAAAGUAACAGUGGAAUUGAGACUCAAAGUAACAGUGGAAUUGAGACCCAAAGUAACAGUGGAAUUGAGACUCAAAGUAACAGUGAAACUGAAAUCAACAAUAAAGUAGAAAGUGUAAGCAAUUUUGUUGAAGCAGCAGCAGCACAUGUUAAUGAAAGUGGGCGUGUAGUAGACAGUGUCAAUCAGGUUACCAGUUCCGUAAUGAAUAACAGUUUAAAUGUCAGUAUAAUUGAUAAUGUACCAACAAAAAUACAGAGCAAAGUAGGAGUGACUGUCAGUCAAGUUAUUGAUGUACUGAGAAAUCUUUCUGAAAAUACCAAAGAAGGAGAAAGUGUCAGUCAAGUCAAUAGGGUACCAGUAAGUGUCUGUAGCAUUACUAGUGAACCACCAAUUGUCACCAAAGAACCAAAAAGUGCCAGUAAAAUAGCCAUUGAAAAAAUGGAUGUAGUUGAAAGUGUAAACAGAGCCUGUAAUUUAGCAAAAGAUAGUAACAAAGAUUCAUAUGCAUCUGAUAUUCAAGGCUAUAGCAAUGAUAUUACAGGAAUUGUAGAGAAGUUCAAAGAAGCUUUUAAGUUAAAAUUUGGACAAGAUAUAAACAAGAUGAGGUGUCCUAAGUGUCUCAAGGAGGUUUAUUUAGAUGAUUUUGAUGAACAUAGCUGUGAAAACAUACAAUUGAAAAAUCAAUCAACACCGAAAGGACACUAA